GUGAGAUCAUAUGUUUGGGUGGCAUAAAAUGGUGUGCUCUUGAACCGAUUGUGAAAAGUGACAUAGUUUUUUAAGAUUUUUAGUGAUAAGGUAAACUUCAUUACGUCAGCUUCUCAUGGGUUGCCAUAGCAACGGUGACGCUGUGGGUCGUCGCGUUAAUCCCCGACGUACGUCUCGCGUUGGCCUGGUGUGUCUGUGAGACACGACUAUCCGAGGCAUUGCGGGGGUCCGGGAUGCAUUUAGAACGGGUAACGUAUAAGGCCCAAUGUCUCCAGAAAGAUCAAAUUCACCCCAAGACGAAGCAGUAAUGACACCGAAAAUGUCAGUACCGGCCAGUCCUGUAGCAGGGACACCCAUCCGAGAAGCCCAGUCACCCAUAUCAUUGCUGUUAGCGGUAGCUCACAGUCAAAGCAGGAAUGGUGACGACGAUCUUACAAGUUUGUCGUGGCUGCACGAAAGAGAUCUCUUGAAAGGUAUGAACAUAAACCCAUCACCAUCAAAUAGUGUCAAUUCAACACCGGUAAAAGGUAGCAAUAGUCUGUUAAUGGAUUCGUUUCCAACUAGCGAUUACGUCGAUGAAUCUUCCAUAUCAGCAGCUGAUUCGUCGAGUAGUUCCUUGAAUUCGCCGAUUCCGUAUCAAAACCACAACGGGACGCCGUCUCAGAAGAAUAAACACCCCCACAAUGUACCUUACGAUCCUUUGGUUCACACGAAUAACAAGCCGCCAUAUUCCUUUUCCUGUCUCAUUUUCAUGGCUAUCGAAGAUUCGGCCCAAAAAGCUCUUCCAGUAAAAGAAAUUUACGCGUGGAUACUUGAACAUUUCCCGUAUUUCAAAAACGCUCCCACAGGUUGGAAAAAUAGCGUUAGGCAUAAUCUGUCGUUGAAUAAAUGCUUCCAAAAAGUCGAAAAAGCACCGAAUCUAGGAAAAGGUUCCUUGUGGACUGUAGAUCAACAGUACAAACCUAAUUUAAUCCAAGCCCUCACUCGAUCGCCCUUCCAUCCUUGUUCUACUUUAGAUCCUUCCACCUAUUUUAGUAAUAACAAUAACAAAAACCAUGCAUCUCCUGAAAAAGGCUCAAUUUCGCGCUUACCUAAUCCCGAAUUAUAUCCAUACCUCUCCAAGAAGUUGGCUUCCGCCGAACUGAAUAAUCGAAGACUUGUCAAAAGCGAAACGUCGGAUGAGUCGUUAGACGCUGUUGAUGCCGCCGCAGUCAUGUUAAGUUUGAAAAAUGGCCCUAGGAAUCGCCAAAGGAAAGAAAAGGGAUUAUACUGCCAAGUUAUUACGACUUCGCCUAGCCAAGAUCAUACCUACAGUGCGGCAGACUCUGUUGACCCUUUGGGAAACGACGAAGCUUUUGAAAGUGACGAAGAAAGAAUUGUCAAGAGUCGUACGUGUCGGAAGAUCGACUUUGAAGAUGAAGAAGAACGGAAGAUCAAAGAAGGCGCCGAAACUCUUCUCAACCUGGCAGGAAUAACCACGAGAAAAAGAUAUAGUUCUGAAAGUUCCGAUUAUGAUCCUCAUAAACGAAUAAAAAUGUCACCACAGUACGACAUCAAUGAUAACGAAUCAGAAGAAAGACCAACACCGUUUAAACCCAGGUUAUUAAGAACGAAGAAAAAAGAAGGUAAAUCAAAAGUUUUGUUUAACAAUAACAACAAUGACGAGUGGGUCAAACAUCGGCGCGAAUUGGAAAUUAAUCAACAUAGGUAAUAAUCAAACGCCGAGUAAUUUGUAGGAAAAUAACGUAACGCUAUAUAAGUUGAAAUCUAAUACUGUUAUAGUAAUUUUAAUAUAUUUUAUGUUUUUGUUUACAUUUAUAAUAUAUGGAAAGUAACUCUAUGUUAGGAUUGUUUCUAGAAGUGUUAUAUUGACUGACGAAAAUAUUGUUUUUCAAGAUUCUUUCACAUAACAGUUCCAAAUUUGUGGUAACGUCAAAAUUUCAAACUAGCACACAUAGGAAGUCAAACAAUUGAGAAUAUGGGAACAGGUAAUAACAAUUAACGUAAAAGUACGUGCAUUAAAUUUAUAUUUUUGUCACUUGUUCCUUUCUCUAGAUUCGCUGAUCAAAUGAUACAGAUUCUGAGGAAAGUAAGGUAAGGUUACAAAUGUACAGUUACUUGCUUUAUUUGAGCGAGUAACAAUAAAACUUCACCUCGCGUGAUUGCUGGAUCUAUAAUUGUACAAAGAGUUGGUGACCAUUGAAUGAAAAAUGGAAGAAAGAUUUCCCAGUGCCCUUAAAUUCAAUAUGUGUUAUAAAUUUCUUCUUUCAUAUCAUUCUUAAUAUUUUUUGUCGAAAUUUUCACCAGCUUGCAAUUAAUUAACUGCUCGUGCCCGUUGUGUUUCACGAUUUUGGAACUGUUGGCGCUUUUCUUAUUUGUUUUGUAUUUAAUGGUCAGGUUCAUCACCAAAUAUUAUUUAUAUAAGAGUGAUUUUCAAGUCAAAUCAAGAGAAUAAAAGUGCAAGAAUUUUCUAUUACUAUAUUUAUAUAGAGGAAAUUUUAUCUAAAUAAAUUAUGACUUUUAAAGUUGUUACCAAAAGUAGAAAUAACAUGUAAUUAACACUAGAUGGGGAUGUAAUUUAUGUUAUUAGAUAAUCGUGUUGUUUUAACUAUUUAUUUAUUCUGUAGGUUAAAUUAAGAAAUUUGUUAUUUUGUAUUAAGGUUUAUUUGCCCUUGAGGGUAGUUACGUGGUGUACAGAAUUAUUUGUCUGAUUUUAAUGAUGUUUAUAUAGCUGGAUAUAUUUAUUUAUUUUACGAUAAUUGUAUUUUAAUUCGGUCAUUACCAUUUUUAAAAAAAAGUUAAGCAAUAAUUCUGAAAAUGUAUCAGUGAUAGGGAAUAAGAAAAAAUGAGUAAUUUAAAAAUUUUCCUAAUGCUACAAACUGGUUUAAAGAUCACUGAAAGUAGAGUAGGAGAAAUAUAUUUUUUCUAUUUCCCGUGAUACAUGCUCUUCCUAUUGUACAUAAAAUUCGAAACAAUCAUUAAGUGUUUUAAAGAAUGUGUGCGUUUUAAAGCUAUUUUCCUAUUAAUCUUAUCGUUCAAUUUCCUUCAGCUACCAUAAACGAGUAUUUUAGGCCGUCUUCCGAAUCAAUGUGAAAUUGAAUGGAUAAGUGCGAUAUUUAAUUUUGUUAGUUUAGAAUGUGAGAAUUCUAAAAAUCUUACAUCUUAUAGCAAUACCAGUUUUGCCUGAUCUAGUGAAUAAUACUCUAUGCUUUGCCAAUAUUCUUGGCUUUGGUAUAUAUAUUUAAGAUUCUAUGUGCCAAAUCAUUUUGUACUUUUAUUGCAGUAAAUUUUACUGGCAAUAUUUUUUGGCGCCUGUCUUCCAAUUUUAUAAAAUAGGUCUUCUUAUAACCUUUCCAUAUUAUUAUGAUCAUUUUAAUACGUUUGAACAUUGUUUGAAUUGUGUUCGUUAAAUUAACAAAUUAUUAAGGUGUGUGUUUGGAUUUAUAUAUUUUUUUUUAUUUUAGUCAGCAAUAACAAACUUGUUUCAGCAGUUAUUUAAUCAAAUAUGUGUUUAUUGUUAUGACCAUUUAUUUGUACCUUAGUUUAUUAUACAAAUAAAACAGCUGAUUUUA